UCGCCACGUCCCCAUAGUCCCCAUGCGAUGAACCCCACCGGAACACACCCCGUCAUCCUCUCUCUUUCUCUUCUCCCACCAAUACUAGUUUUUUCGAUUCCAAAGAUCUGCAACACUCUCCUUCUCUCAUUUUCACAUGUUUCCUUCUCCUUUUUAGCCAUGACGGAACCGCCAACCGAUUCAUGCACUCCUCCAUUGGGUCCCACACCUCCCACGGUGAUUCAUCCCCGACGCGUGCCGUUCGAACACGGUCUAUUGCCUAUCCCGCGGCUCAUCUUUUCCGACCCCACACAAACCCUAAUCUCGUUGAAACAGAAGCUUCUAGAAUUAUCCUCUAACAAUAACCGAGUUGACUCGGCUGCGAUUUCUGAGUCGUUGCAGAUCUCCGUCGAACUAGCUAGGCUUGUUGUUGAGACUCUCGUUUCGAUUCUCCCUGCCGAAUCUGAAUCUGAUAGCGUCGAUGUUCAUGAUCUCGUUUUGUUUCUAUACAUUCAAUCCUACAAGAGGCUCCUCCCGCGGACGCAUAAGGAUUCCGCCGCUGUAGCGGAUGUUUGGCCUUCCACUUCCGCUUUUGAUGGAUACUUGUCCGCUCUCACGCCGCUUCAGCUUGUGCGGAGCAACAGUAAGCGGUUUACGCCAUCGCAAGGUGAUGAAGAAGCGCAUCAGCUGUCUUAUCUGCAAAAGCAUUUGGCUAAUAUUGUGUCUCUACUAGCAGAGCCUGUGGAGGGGGAAAGUGAAGAAUCUCUGGUUUUAACCAUGGAAAGAUUUGAGCACCUUGGUUUUCUAUUUCAUUAUGGUGAUAAAGGACUUGAAGGGAAUUCAUUGAGUCAAUCUUCUCCUUUUUUCGCAAACUCGGAUCCUAACAUGCCUGCUGUUCCCGCUCCCGCUUCCCAAGUUCAUGAUUGGCUUCUGCAAAAUAUAGCUUCUGCUUUGGAACGUAUUGCUGAACGGACUUCUUCAAAAGAAAAUGGUCCAGCUAGUGCCUCUGAUCCGGAUGUUGCUAUGACUGAUGCAUCUACUGCCUCAGUUAAGGUCUCAACAAGUGCUAGGGGAGCAAGUUUCAUCGAAGGGAUUUCUAAAUCAUCAUAUGCAAAGCAUGCAUCUGACAUUAAAGGGUCCUCUGUUAAGGUUCUAAAUUGCCAUGAAUCUGCCAUUUACAUCUUAGCUCCUUUGAGAUACGCCACCAUCUAUGGAUGUUCAGAUGCGACAAUAGUUAUUGGAGCAGUUGGAAAGGCUGUGAGAGUAGAACACUGUGAACGAGUUCAUGUGAUUGUUGCAGCAAAACGAAUUUGUAUUGCUAACUGCCGUGAAUGUGUUUUCUUUUUGGGAGUGAACCAGCAACCCCUUAUUGUCGGUGAUAACCAUAAGUUGCAGGUUGCUCCCUAUAAUACCUUUUACUCCCAGUUGGAGGAACAUAUGAAUGAAGUUGGAGUUCUUCCCACAGUGAAUCGUUGGGAUGAACCUAUAGCAUUGGGCAUGGUUGAUCCCCAUGAUUCACUAUCUCAUCCAGCAGGUGUCUCUGAUGUUCAAGCUGAGUCUGCUUCUAGGGUGGAUCCUGACCAGUUCACUAAUUUUGUGAUUCCAAACUGGCUUGGAGAGUCCAUUGGCUCUACGAAAGACAAUCCGUUCACACUACCCGAGGCAUAUAUGGCAUCUCAAGAAAGAAAUUUAAACAAUUUAAGGGAGAUAAGGCAACUGUUACGAGAUGCAUCUUUAGAAGAAAGUCGUAAACGGGAACUGUCAUCAGCACUUCAUGUGUAUUUCAAGGACUGGCUAUAUGCCUCUGGGAAUAUUCGUCAGCUUUACUAUUUACAAGGAGAUUGAUCUUUAAAUGAGACGCAUUUGGCACACAGUUAAAGAUGGUACAGGACCAAUGUUUCUGAUUUCCUUUUUGAAUCUCUUUAUUUUCUCUUGCCAAUUCUAUUGGCUCCCUAGGUAGCCGAGAUCAGAUGACGUAAAUUAGAAUGCCCACCUAUUUAUGCCUUGAGAUCACCGGUGCACAGAAUGGAAAAUACAGUUGCUAAUCUGAUUGUAAUAUUUUUUUUAUGUUGUGAAAAUAAUUUAUUGUAAUAUUUUGUUAGCCUAAAUUAACGGCCUUUUGUGAAAAUUUCCACAUGCCAAAAUCUAGUAGUGUAGUAUUAAAUGUCUUCCAA